CGACUCCGGCGCGCAGGCGCUGGUUUAGCCGUUGCCGGCGGCUCGGAUGCGUGUUAUUUUGUGGUCGUCGCCGGCGUUUGCGUCGUGUCAGUUCCCACUGACUGCCUGGGUCUCUCUCUCCGCAGCGAGCCAUGUCCUCUCCCAGGAGCGCCUCCCCGCAGCAGCACGACGGGGCCGCAGGGUACGCCUCUGCCUUCGCGUCUGCACGCUCGGCCGCUUCCUCCUCCGCGUCGGGCCGCGGCAAGACGUUGGCGGAUGCCCGCGUCUCCGAGGAAUUGGAGAUCGCGUUGGACCUGGCGCUGGAACGGUUUUUGUACAGCGAUGAUCAAGAGAUGGCGUUUCCUUCGUCUUUUACUUCUACCGAAAGAGCCUAUGUUCACCGGUUGUGCCAGUCUCUUGGUUUGAUAUCUAAAAGUAAGGGAAAAGGAUCGAGUCGAUAUCUAACUGUCAGGAAAAAGAGUGGAUCGCAAGUAGCUCAUGCAGAAAUGACUUGUUGUUUGACUCCCAGAACGAAACAGGCUGUUCACAGUUUAAUUCAAAGAUUUCCUCUCACAAAGAAAGAACGAAUAGAACUUCUGCCAAAGAAGCAGCGAGGAAAUGCAUUUGCUGUUGAAACUGAAAACAAAGAAGUUGGGAAGACGAGCGGAAGGCUUAGCAGUGGUAUUCCUCAAGUCCCGCUGAAAAGAGGGGAGUCGGAAUAUGACUCCUUUAGGCAGUCAUUGCCAGUUUUUGACAAGAAGGAGGAAAUUGUCAAAAUAAUAAAGGAAAAUAAAGUUGUUCUCAUUGUAGGAGAGACUGGAUCAGGAAAAACCACUCAAAUUCCUCAGUUCCUUCUUGAUGACUGCUACGAAAAUGGAAUUCCCUGUCGUAUGUUUUGCACUCAGCCAAGACGUUUGGCAGUUAUUGCUGUGGCUGAAAGAGUGGCAGCAGAAAGAAGGGAAAAGGUUGGCCAGACAGUUGGCUAUCAGAUCCGAUUAGAAAGCAGGGUUUCUCCAAGGACACUGUUAACGUUUUGCACAAAUGGCAUACUGCUUCGCACGCUGAUGGCAGGAGACAGUGCUCUAUCAACAGUAACACAUGUUAUUGUGGAUGAAGUAUACGAGAGGGAUAGAUUCAGUGAUUUCUUGUUAAUAAAACUGCGAGAUAUAUUGCAAAACCAGACUAAUUUAAAAUUAAUCAUUUCUAGUGCUGCUCUAGAUGCAAAUCUCUUUAUUGAGUAUUUUGGAAGUUGCCCAGUAAUACAGAUCCAAGGAAGACCAUUUGAAGUUAAAGAGAUGUUUUUGGAGGACAUUUUACGAAGCACUGGGUACACAAACAAAGAGAUGAUAAAAUACAGAAAGGAGAAGCAGCGAGAAGAAAAGCAGCAAAGCACUCUCACUGAGUGGUGUUCUGCUCAAGAAAGUAAUAGCAACCCAGAAUCACGGAGCAGAAGAUCUGUUGCAAGUGUAUCUGAAGAGUAUAAUCUGCUGGACAGCAGUGGUGACACAGUUUUUAAUGCUCUGGUUGAGAGAGAUGCAAGUUGUCUUGAACCAUGGCUAAUAAAAGAAAUGGAUUCUUGUCUUUCUGACAUCUGGUUACAUAAAGAUGUUGAUUCCUUUGCUCAGGUGUUCCAUUUCAUCUUAACUGAAAACAUCAGUGUUGAUUAUAGGCACAGUGAAACCAGUGCAACUGCACUAAUGAUAGCUGCAGGGAGAGGCUUUCUAAGUCAAGUAGAGCAGUUGAUCAGUAUGGGAGCAAGUGUCCACUGCAAAUCAUCCAAUGGCUGGAUGGCUUUAGAUUGGGCUAAGCACUUUGGACAAACAGAGGUGGUUGACCUGUUGGAAUCUUACAGUGCUUCAAUGGAAUUUGGAAAUCUGGAUGAAAGUUCUCUGGUCCAAGCAAAUGGUGAUGACCUUGGAACAGAGGACAGAGAGUUGUUGAAAGCUUAUCAUCACAGUUUUAAUGACGAGAAGGUGGAUUUCGACCUGAUCAUGCACUUACUUUACAACAUCUGCAAUAGUUCUGAUGGGGGAGCAGUUUUAAUAUUUCUUCCUGGAUACGAUGAGAUAGUUAGCUUGAGAGACCGAAUUAUUUUUGAUGACAAGAGAUUUGUUGAUAAUGCGCACAGAUACCAAGUAUUCACACUUCAUUCAAAUAUGCAAACUUUGGAUCAGAAGAAUGUGCUUAAAACUCCGCCUUCUGGCAUCCGCAAAAUAAUUCUUUCUACUAAUGUUGCAGAAACCAGUAUCACAGUCAGUGAUGUUGUAUUUGUUAUUGAUUCGGGAAAGAUGAAGGAGAAGUCUUUUGAUGCUCUGAGUUGUGUUACAAUGUUAAGAACUGUGUGGAUUUCAAAAGCCAGUGCUAUCCAGAGAAGAGGGAGAGCUGGGCGCUGUCGGCCUGGAGUCUGCUUCCAUCUCUUCAGCAAGCUCCGAUUUCAGAAUAUGUUGGAAUUUCAGACUCCGGAACUUCAAAGAAUGCCGCUUCAGGAGCUUUGUUUACACACAAAACUACUGGCUCCAGUGAAUUGUCCAGUUGUUGACUUUCUCAUGAAAGCUCCUGAUCCUCCACCAGCUUUAAUUGUGAGGAACGCCAUACAAAUGCUCAAGGUCAGCAUAGGUACAGAUCUAGAUGGAACCGUAUUUGCUUCUGUGCUUUUGGUGUGGCAACAUCUGUUACUGAGUUUUGUGUUUCUUGAGACUGUUUAGUUACUUAAGGAUGCUUUGUGUUUUUGUUCUGUUUUCAUUUUUGUGAUGUUUUCAUGUUAAGGGAAAAGAAUGC